AUGAAGCUUCUUCUGGCUCUAGCUAUUUUCGCGUUGGCUAACGCACGGUCGAUUGAGCCAGAAAUACCUGAAUUCAACGAUGCCUAUGGGUACCUGAAGAACUAUGGUAUCCCAUUGGCAGAGAGUAUUCAGAAGGCCGAAGAAGAAUAUCACAGGGGUGAUGUUAGAAUUGUUGGUGGUUCUGCAGCGAGGCUUGGCCAGUUCCCUUACCAGGCUGGCCUUAUUGCUGAUAUCACUGGUACAUCUGGCAGAGGUGUCUGCGGCGGUACUUUAAUCACUGCAUGGAGGGUACUAACGGCAGCUCACUGCUGGUUUGAUGGACAGAACCAGGCAUGGAGGUUUACUAUUGUCCUUGGAUCUAUUACACUAUUCACUGGUGGAACUAGGUUGGAAUCCACGCAGGUCGUUAUGCACGAAAGCUGGAACCCAAACUUGAUCAGAAAUGAUAUUGCUGUUAUAUACUUGCCUAGGGCAGUGUCUUUAUCUAGCAACAUCGCUACUGUUACUUUGCCUUCCGGCUCUCAGUUGAAUGAGAAUUUCGCGGGCUCCACAGCGAUCGCUUCCGGGUUUGGUCUCACUAGCGACAAUGGUCAAAUCACAACAAAUCAAGUCCUCAGCCACGUUUCGCUGAAUGUGAUCACGAACGCGGUCUGCUCUCUCUCCUUCCCCAUCAUUAUUCAGUCAUCCAACAUCUGUACCAGCGGCAGCGGCGGUGUUGGAACUUGCCGAGGAGACUCAGGUGGUCCUCUCGUCAUUACUAGGAACAACAGGCCGCUCUUGAUCGGUGUAACUUCCUUUGGUUCUGCUUUGGGUUGCCAGAGAAACAUGCCGGCCGCUUUCGCUCGUGUCACAUCUUUCAUGAACUUCAUUCAGCGGAACAUG